CUCUUUUUUUCUUUUGUUUGGGGUGUUUUGACCAUGUUACAAAUGUAUGACAUUCCAACCUGGACUGAAGAGAAUCGCACAUUGCUAGACACUCUAAGUCAAGCAAAAGUGUCUCCCGAGAUUUCAAAUUCACUUCAACAACAACUGUAUAUGAAUAAGCACAAGUUCCUUGGAUUACUGGACAAUCAACCCAAGAAUACUUCUCACAGAGCUGAUCUCAAUGCAAACAAGGCAUAUAUCAACAGAGUCUCACAUACCGUCAGCAAAGAUUUCGUUACGAAAGCACUAUUCUUAUCCGACCAGCUCGAUAUCAAUGAACACGUUGCAGCAACGCUUUUGAUGAAUGGAAUAACACAAGCAUCCAAUUUCAACUGUGAUCCAAUCGAUACGGCAGUUCUUCUUUUUCACGCAGAACGUGGAUACCUCUUGGCGUCCCUGGAAGCCAUCUUGAGGUUUUCAAAUGAUGCUUCUAUUAGUGAACAGGUUCGAUCUGUUUGCUAUAGCUUUGCAACUGAAAUAAUGUCUGAAAGUGUUCCUCUGGGAAACAAUAAGACAGGCACAUUUACAACAAAGCUUCUUUCAACACUAGAAAACUUGACUAAAGCCAUCACAGCAUUAUACAACACAGGCACAAUGGGUGGACAAAUGCCAGCAGCUGGAAGUGGAAAACUAGGAGAGGAUAUUGCCUUUAUUCGUAUAGAAAGACUUGGCGAUGAACGUGUAUCGAUUGUUCAAAUCUUAUACCACUUGGCUUCCAUUUUCAGCUUGGACGCUCAAUCUAAGUUGACCAUGCUUGAAAUGUUAGAAAAGGCACAACUGACUGACCCAGCAACAUCAUACAUGGUCACCACCAUGCUUGCAGCGAUAUCAUAUAGCAAUCAGACUGAAGGCGACGAACCGGACCAAAACGUGUUGAGCUUUGCCAAAUCAUUCCAUAAACGAAUCAUGACACAUGGAUCCGACGUUCCUGCCAUUAAAGCUGUCAUUGUUCUUCAAUGGGUUCUUUACUUAACGAAUCCAAGAAGAUCAGGUGCAUUCACUAACGGACUAAACGCGAUCACUAACGAAACAGAAGCUCAACAGCUCGUCGAAGCAGCGAUAGAUGCAAACGCUUUCAAGUUUUUGCAACAGUACAUGUUAUAUUUCCAACAGUCAGGAGGAUUUGACAAUGGUGCUUUUGACGACCUUACGAAUGUAGAAGAGACUUCACAAACUCACGGCAGAAUUGAUUAUCGUCAAUACAAAAUUGAAAUUCGAAGCGAAUUUCAAACAUGUGUCAUACAUGAACUCAAGACGCUCGCAAAUACAAUCAUUCGACAACUAUUUGGUGUCUUGCAGAGCCUCAAAUACAAGGAAGAGGAUUCUACUUUGGUCAAUACCAUGACCUAUUCUUCAGAAGCCAUACAGACUAAUGAGACGACGAGCCCUGUACAAAUCCGUGAUCUGGAGUAUUUCUUGAGCUUUUUAGCCAGUGUGUAUACAGGGCCUAUUGAAGGUGGGCUUGUCUUUUGGAAACGCGAUGACGGAUUGAAUCACUUCGUUCGAUGGCUGGUUGACAUCAAGGUGCAAUCGACCGUGUGUGCUGCCUUUGACUUUUUUGGCUCAAUAUCGACUGGAGCGACUUGUGCUGCAGGUACACUGAGCUUGUUCAGAGGUAAAGCCGACACCGACUUGGGCUCUGGCUCGCUAUUUACAUGGAAAAAGCCACUGAUGGCAUUGGAGUACUAUGCCAAUUUGUUAUCUAAUACAACAGACGACCUACCUCGUACGAUCCCUGUAGAAGAAGAGAUGGUAUUGCUUAAAUUUCUGAAUAUCCUAAAGCAAACUGUGCAGUAUAGCGAAGAAGCUAGAUACGCAUUUUGGUACAACAAUGAAGCCUACUGCCGAAGCAAUUUAGAAACUAUUAUCAAACGUCCUACUUCAGCCUAUCUUAGAGCUGCUGUGUUUGACGUUAUCUCAGCCUUCUGCUCUCACUGGGGCGGUGGAGUGAAUGGUAUCGGAAGAGAUAUUUCGCUUCAAUGGUGGCGUGAGCUUGUAGAUAGCGACUUACUUCUUCCAGCAAGCAAUCCUGUAUCAGGAGAAACAGAAAAGGCUACAUCAGUAAAUCAGCCAGCAACACUUUUACAAGAAAUUCAAACCGAAUUGGAAAGACAUCGCUACACAGAGACACUGGCACUUGUGCAUUUGAUAGGGUCAUCGAUACACUCCCUGAGCGAUCGUCAGAAGCUGCUUUCAGGAUUUUCGAAUAUGGAUUUUUAUAUUCCCUUAGGACAACACACGAACGGUGAAACUGUUGGCGCAACACCCUAUAUAUCACUUGUAUUGGAUACUGUAUUGACUGGACUUGGAAGUGACAAGGAGGAGCAUACGAGAAUGAAGUGGAAGGUGACGGAGGCAUGUCUUGUGGUAAUAGAGAAUAGUGUAAAUUCGUUUUCAGAUAUUGCAUGCAAGCCAGGUCUACAAGAAGGGCUAGAAGACAAGAGCCAUCCUAACGAAAUAGAACGCGUCCUGCUUUCAUAUCUGACGCACCCAGGCUUCCAGGUACUCAUUCGUAUCCUUUCUGGUGGCAAGAUUACAAAUGAAUUGUUUGAUAUUGUUCAAAAUUGUUCUAAAGAAGAUAAAAAGAACACAUCAAGCACAUCUUAUCGCAGAAACUGUUUACUCAAAUCGUUGCGCAUACUCCAUGACGUGCUAAAAUUACAGCCUAUCGUCUGUAAUGUUCUCAUACCUCAUAUCGGCAAGACUGCAAAAAAGAAAGCAUCCUCAGAAUUUCAGCUCGGUCACCUCUCUUUCCCUCCUAUACCUUCUGUUUCAAACCUUGGACAGCUCAUUUUGUUCCGUAACGACAUUCUUGCCCAGAUUGCCCUGUUUAUCAAUUAUGAAGAUGAUGAGGAGAUAUGUUUAGCUAGCACCAAGCUUUUACAUCAACUCUCUGUUGAUUUGCGAGAACCUCGUCAGACCAGCACGCCAACUGACAAGCUCACGUCAUUGACGCUUUAUAAUCCAAUGACAAAAGCAGGAGCCAACAUCACAUCCAUCUUGAGCGCUUCUAAACUAGCCGAGGAUAUCAUCUUUUGUAUUAGCGAAAGAUUGGGCAUUAACGUUCCUGAAAAGAUGACGUGUGAUGACUAUGAAAUGGAUAUCAAUCUUAUCCCAUUUUGGAAGGCAGAAGGUAUUUUGAACAACAUCUAUGACUAUCCAGGCAUUGUCGAAACUCCAGCUCUUUCUUCUGUACACCUUGCUAUCUUGGACUUACUUUUGGAAAAUGCUCAUCCAGACAUAAGCUCGCCCACUCUAACGGAGUACCUGCUAGGCUACGACUUAUCUAAUCCUAGGAUGCCAGUGAUUCAAGAGACACAAAACAAUCGCGCUUCUCUCAUCUGUUUCCACACAAUCCUGAAAAUGCUUCAACAAGGUGUCGAUUCUGGCUUGACGACCCAUGACUCGAUGAUGAUUGAUUCUGUAGAACCCACACCGCUCUUGAUCGACACACAUCCUCUCUUGGCUGAAAAGUGCUACAAGCUUAUCUAUAGACUAUGCGCUAAGAAAUCGAUAUCUUCAUCUACCAUGCGUUACUUACGAAACACUGGAAACUUUUUCUACAAGCAAUUUGAAGCCAUGUCGAGUCGCUUGGAGACUGAUCUCUAUGUUGAAUCCUGUCCAUUCUCUGGAACGAUCCGUUGUGCUGAUGGUACCGAAAUCAGGUCCGACUUCUUCAGGGUACGGGCCAAAUUGCACCAGAGGGCCUGGUUACUUCAGUUGAUCGCUUUAGAACUACAUGCAACAACACACAUGAAACAAAAGGCUAAUAUCAAUCGCCUACUUGAACUACUCUAUGGACGUUCACCAGACACAGAUAUGAACAUGCACGAGCAACAGGAUAUCCCUCUCUUCUCUCAGGGUUCAUUCCAUACACUCCAGCAGCCUUUAGUGAAGAUGCUUGAGUUUGUCAGUUCUCUUGAAUUUGUCUGGCAAGAUGACCUUGUGAAGGAUGGACCGAUAUCAGAAAUCAACUACUUUAGACAGUUUAUUCCUGGAGACUUUUACGUGACAAAUGAUGAUGGAGUCCAGUUGUAUGACAUUCGUGGUAUCUAUGGAUAUUUGCGAUUAGUCCAAAUUGCAGAAUACGCCAAUAGUCCAGACACAGAGUUGAUCGAAAAGGAAAUGGGUGAUAUUCUUGCAGCCUGUAUGUCUCUCAAUCGAAGCAAGGAAAUCACUCAUGCAAGACGACAUUGUAUGAAGGCUUGGAAACAAGUGAUCCAUAUCUCGCUUUUGGAAUGCUUUGAUCUUUUGAACACGCAAGAAAGAGAAAAGAUCAUAUACGAACUUCUGGCCAUGGUGCUCUCAAAGAUAUUGAAUGCGCAAAAUUAUGAUCCAGAUAUGGUCAAAAGCAUGAGUGAAGUGGCAUUGGCUUUGAUCAACAGGCUUCGAAAAGAAAAGGACUCGCGUACGAUUGCUCAACUGCCGGUAGAUAAGCUUCGACAUGCAUUUAAUGGAAUCAUUGAGUGUAUUUGCCAACAGAACAUUAAAACGACUGUGCGAGGCGACUUAUAUACAACAUUAACCAAUCUGCUGCUGUAUAUCAACAGAUACAAGCGAGAUGAAUCGUAUAUAGAGCUUGAAAAGUAUAUGGUCAAUGUUGUCGUUUCUUACAAGUCUGGGCUUCUUGAUACCCUAUGUAAAGAUGCUAUUGAUGGAUUAGACAUUUGGAAGACGACAGCGUUCAUUGCGAUUGAUGCGUUAAAUACAAUGACCCUUCGGGCUGGUAGUGAUGUCGUUCAAACGUAUCUCUUGAAUAAGAAUUUCUUACAGUACACCAUUGAUAUGCUCAAGUAUGACGACUCAGCUUUGGUUCAUAUAUUAGAAUCUAUUGAUGCAUCACAGUUGCCACUCUAUAUCUUUGAAGCCAGAAUGUCUAUCCUGCUUCGUCUUGCUAUGAAUCCUGAUGGUGCUGAGCUCUUGUUUGAUAAUCAAAUCUUUGAAGUACUUGGCCAAAGCCUCUUUAUGAGAGUAGAGCAACAAAACCCUGCAUCUAUACAGGCCAACAUAAGCACAUCGGGUGAACUUUUAGAUCGAUACCAGCGAGUGAUGCUACCGACGUUGAAGCUCAUUGUUGCCAUUCUUUCUACUUUUGGUAAAAAGAAUGCCAAAGUUAUAUCAAAGGUGCAAAUGUGGCUCAAGAAACAAGAUACGGCCAUCAACAAUAUAUUAAAGACAGAAGGACAGCAAAAUGUGUCUCAAGAGGCCGUGAAGCUAAUUCGCGUCAUUCAAAACUAUACAAAAUAAUAUCAAAGAACACUUUGGUUUAUUGUAAAUUUCAUAAAGCUUUGCUAUUUAAUAGAUGAUACAUUCUAAAACAAUAAAUCAUCUCUUUUAACCCUUUCAAGCAGCAACGCAUCUUAGAGAUUAGUAUGGAAAGUGACCACAAUGUGCAAUUAAAUCAGAAUCUCUUUUUAAAGAAAUUGAGGAACUGUACCACUAAAUUUCGAAACAAUCAAGGACAUCGAAAACAACAUCGGGUUAUCCUCCCAGAAUUGGAGCAUAAACACCAAUACUUUCGAGAAGUUCUACUACAAACCUUACUACUCAAGCAUUAUCCAGUGCAGCCAUUACAAGUUCAAUUUUUUCAACGGAG